CUUUUUAAAUAAUCAGUGUUUGUGUGUCGUGUGUUGGUGUUCGAAAUAUACAAUGUCUUCGUCAAAUAGCGAGAGGUACACAGGUGAAGGCGAGGCAGUCGACAAAUACGUGGAGCAUCCAAAAUUAGAAAAAUUAAAGAGGUUACGGGAAUCUUGCCAUUGGAAGUUUGAAAACCAUGGAUACCAAUUUCUCAAUGAAUUAAAAUUAUUAAUAAGAGAUUGGAGGGAACAACUUCCAAAUCUGCACGAUAUUUUCACAAAGCAAGAGAUAGAUUGGAUUCUCAUGGCGAGCAUCAAGUGGUCUAGUCGGAGUGAGGAAAUCGUCGAGUUCGUCGCACGUGGCGGCUACAAAGACGAACCCGACUUAAGCAAAGACGGUAAGCCACUGCUGCAUCGCACCACACCAGUACACCAGAUAGACGAAUGCAACUCGAGGACUUCGAAAAGCGUAGUGUUGAGAAAAUUAUUUGAAAUAUACGACAAAUUCCACUUAAAUUAUACCGACGAGUUGGGCUACACGCACUUCCACGUGGCCUGCAAGUAUGGCCUCCACGACGUGGCGGAGAAAUUCCUCGAAUUCGGCCAGGAUCCCAAUUGCCUCAUACCAGAAACAGGCCAACAAGGACGGACGGACUACUUUGCACGGCAUCUGUCAAAGUCGCAACCAUGCUACUCACUCCGUGAUCUCGAUGCUACUUGAGAGCGUGGGAGAAGUCCAACGGCCGGCGCUGAUCAACGCCCAAGAUAAAGGAGGUGACACCCCAUUGCAUUUGGUUCUGAAAAACGGCAAUAAAGUACGGAAUGUCCGAGAGCUGCUGAGAAGAGGCGCCGAUCCGUGUUUGGCCAAUGCGGAAGGACAGACGCCUCUGCACGUCAUUUGUCAGAGAGACGAUAAUCGGGACUUGUUAGAGCAAUUCUUCCAGUUCAUCGGCGAGAUCGAGAAGACGGUGCAAAUCGAUGCCCAGGACAAUAAGGGCAACACACCGUUGCACUUGGCUAUUUUGUGUGCAGAUGCGGAGAUGAUCCUAUCGCUGCUGAGACAAGGCCCCAAUCUGAG